CAAACUCUAUUUGUGAAAUGUGUAAUUUGUUUGUGUCUUGACUUCACGGGAAGUUCCCCUUGAACUGUACUUGGAAGUUUGACUGAAUAAAUUAUUAAUCCUCUCUGCAUGAUAUGCAAAUUAGACUUCACUACAUCCAGGGGCACAGCAUUGGGUUAGAAGCUGUAUCAAGUUGCUGGCAAAUAAUUUCUGUCAAGGGAUCAGGGCCUUCCAACGGAAUGGCGUGGAACACAACUUGCCCAAAUUGGCUGGCAGCAGAGGCUGCCCUGGAAAAGUACUACCUUUCCAUUUUUUAUGGGAUCGAGUUUGUUGUGGGAGUCCUUGGGAAUAGCACUGUUCUUUUUGGCUACCUCUUCUGUCUGAAGAACUGGAAUAGCAGUAACGUUUAUCUCUUUAACCUCUCUAUCUCAGACUUGGCUUUUUUGUGCACACUUCCCAUGCUGAUUAGAAGUUAUUCUCAUGGAAAGUGGAUAUAUGGGGACAUGCUCUGUAUAAGCAACCGAUAUGUGCUUCAUGCCAAUCUCUACACCAGCAUUCUUUUUCUCACUUUUAUCAGCAUUGAUCGAUACCUGCUCAUGAAGUAUCCUUUCCGGGAACACUUUCUACAAAAGAAGGAGUUCGCUGUUUUAAUCUCUUUGGCUAUUUGGGUUUUAGUAACCUUAGAGCUACUGCCCAUACUUUCUCUUAUAAAUCCUAAUUUAGCUGUCAAUGGCACCAACUGUAUUGAUUAUGCAAGUUCUGGGAACGCCCAAAGCAGCCUCAUUUAUAGCAUAUGCCUAACCUUCUUGGGAUUCCUCAUUCCCCUUUUGGUGAUGUGCUUCUUUUAUUUCAAGAUUGCUCUUUUCCUAAAGCAGAGGAGCAGGCAGCUUGGUACUGCUUUGCCCCUUGAAAAGCCUCUCACCUUAGUCAUCAUGGCCGUUGUGAUCUUCUCUGUGCUUUUUACUCCCUACCACAUCAUGCGGAACGUGAGGAUCGCUUCACGCCUGGAGAAGUGGAAGGAAUACCAAUGCACUCAGGCAGCCAUCAACUUCUUCUACAUUUUGACUAGGCCUUUGGCCUUUCUGAACAGUACCAUCAACCCUGUCUUCUAUUUCCUUUUGGGAGAUCACUUCCGGGAGAUGUUGAUGAGUAAACUGAGGCACCAAUUCAAAUCCCUUACAUCCAUUAGAAGAUGAGGUCCUGGACUGAUGUUUCCAUGCAGGGAAAAGUGAGAUGCUUGUGUAACAGAUUAUUUUAUAUGUGCAGCUGUAGGCCAAUUACAGUUUGAUUCAACUCACAGAUGUAAAUCAGAGAGGGAUAGACCUGACACUGUUUUAAAAACACGCUGCAUCUGGAGUAUGUGAAAAGAAGAAAAUGGGAAGUAUUUAUUGGUUUCUUCACCUAAGAACUUCAAGGAGUUAGACUGGCAUUGUCUAAUGUUUGAUCAUGGAAGUCCAAAACCGUGGGUGUUACAAGACUUUCUCAAUCAGUGUAAAAGGAAUAGCAGAUAGAUAAAGCAUCAAAUAGUCUGUAUUUAAUCACUGGUCAGAUUAUAAAAAAAAAAAAAAUUGUGUUGGCAACAUUCUCUAUGUUAUUCUUAUUUGUUUGAGCUUAUAAAUUAAUGUGAAAACUAAGUAACAGAUUAGGCAUACACUAUUAAGGACUGUUGUUAGAAAUUGUGCUCUUGAACAAAAUUUAAAGUAAACAGUAGCAACAAGGAAGAAAGCAACUUGUUGAGUUCAAUGAUGCCUAUAUGACAUUUCUUUAUAUUGAUCAUGAAUUGGGGUCAAGUUUUAACUAUAAGUCCUAUUUUUUGUAUGGUUUUUAGAGCAAUUAAUCAUAUUAAAUGGAACCUAAGGAGAUGGUUCAACAAAGGAGAGAGAAAUUUGAGCUUGUCUCUCAUGGAAUUUAGGUGUAAAUGAUUGCUAGAAGAGAGACCAUGGAGAAUUGCAAAAAUCUCAGAGUUAUAGAACACAAAGUGCUUAUCAGAAAACCCAAAGCAAAACAAAACAAAACAAAACAAAGGUAAAUGCUUUUGGACGACUUUAUCUCAAAGACAGUGACUUAUAUCUGGUAUGAGCUUUGUUUUCACAGAAUAUUACAUAAGGCCAUUGAAGGAAGUUUUCUAAACAAAUGCACUUUAUGAAAUUGUAGAAUAUAGGGAAUACUUAUGUGCAUAUUAAUAUAGAUUAACCAGAUGCCACCACUCCACGCCACAAAACAAAUAUAGGAAAAAAAUAAACGGAUGCUACAUUAGCUUUUUAAAGUCAAAUAAAUAUCGCAUAAUUUGCUUGUAAGCAACAAAAUAUGUCCAAGGCCAUGUAGCUAUGCUCUUUUUCUUAAAGUCAUUAGCUGUAACGUGAAGGAUACAAUAAGCAUUAUGAGUACAAAGAAAUAAAAUUCUAUUGUCCUUCCUGUUCUGAGAUAAUCUGGUGUUAUUAUAUUCUGACAAUACAAAAACCUAAAAUUCACCCAGUUAAUGUUUCAGUACUUGAAGCUACUGAGAUAUUAUAAAAACACAUUACUCACAAAGGAUUUAUUUUCUUAUUUAUUAUUAGGCUUCAAGGUAUUUUUUCAUGCCUUGCCUUUAUUGUCAAUAUUUUAAAAUUUUCAAUGUGAUUUCAUAACUGCCUGAUAAUAAGCUGACAACAGAAUCUCCUGAAUUUCCUCAUCAGAAAAGGCCACAAAAGGGCCUUAGGAAAGAAGUAUUUGCUUAUUUCUGCAAACUUAGAAACAUAUAAUUUAAUCAUAAUUUGUAUUUUAUGCAUGAGUUUUAAUUCGUAAAGAUGGAAUUCAAUUUGCCUCACCCCUACCCAAAGGAAUAGUGGACUCUUUAAAGUAGUACAGUGAAAUAUUUUAUGAAACCAUAAACUCUCAUAUAUAUCUUGUAACCAAAAUGUUAAGUAAUUUCAUAGCACAUUUCUUAAUCCUUUUCUUGCUCAAAUCUAUCAUCUGGUAACUUAAUCCUCAACAGACUAAAGAGACCUACACUAAAAUUAUAUGAGCUAUUCCAUUUACUUUUUUAACAGGUGAUUGUGAGAAUCAUAAUAAAUAAUGGAAAUCCUUUUUGGGUUUGUAAUUUUUGAAGGGAAUGAUGUUGGGCUUUUGUAUCUUUUCUUUUUAAUUGGUUCCUUAUUGUUUUUAGAAUCAUGUCUAACUAUCUGUCCCAGCAUUUUGCAAUCUGAGCCCACCUACAUUAUCAUGUUAGAUCCCACCAACAUUGUCACAAACUAAACCCUGAAGCCAAAGGCGGCUACUUCAUCUCAUUAUAUGCAGACCUUUCUUCACUGUGUACAGCUGGAUGCUCACCCCUGUCCCAUCA